AAAAUCAUUUACCUCUUCUUCUACACACCGCUCUCCCUCUCUCUCUCUCUCUCAAUCGCCCUCCGUUCCAGCAGAUCUUGUCAUUAUAAUCAUUACAAUGACAUCUUGUUACCAGCGGUUCACCUCCGGUCCCGCCGUGUCACACACUACUCUACUUGAAUCACGAAAACCUUCAUGUACGGCGGUGAUUUCAUGCCUCUUACGCGGUCAGAGAAAUCAACGGCCAUGGCUCGUCCUGAAAUCGCUGAAAAAACGUUCGAAUUUGUACGUGGUGGCGGCGGGAGGACUGUGGGAGAGAUCGGAGGGGGAGGAAGCGGCGGUGCAGAAGAGGAAGGCGGGGACGUGGUCGUAUGCGGUGGAGAAAAGGAGGAGUAAAGAUGAAAGGAGUAGGAAGGUGGAAGUGGUGGUGGCAGCGGCGGUUACGGUGGUCCUGGGCGUUGGAAAUCGAGUGUUGUAUAAACUGGCGCUUGUUCCUCUUAAGCAUUACCCCUUCUUUCUUGCUCAGCUUGCUACUUUCGGUUAUGUUGUUGUAUACUUUUCUAUCUUGUAUCUUCGUUACCAUGCCGGCAUUGUCACAGAUGAGAUGCUUUCCAUGCCAAAAGCUCCGUACUUGUUAGUUGGUCUUUUGGAGGCUCUUGCUGCUGUUACUGGAAUGGCAGCUGGAGCAAUUCUUUCUGGAGCAUCAAUUCCCAUUUUGUCUCAGACUUUUCUUGUAUGGCAAAUUCUCUUAUCCAUUAUUUUCCUUGGGAGAAGAUAUAGAGUCAACCAAUUACUUGGAUGUUCUCUUGUAGCCAUUGGUGUAAUCAUUACUGUAGCAAGUGGAUCUAGUGGUCAUUCAUUCAAGGAUGUUGGUAUAUUUUGGAGUAUUCUGAUGAUAAUUUCUUUUCUCUUGCAAGCUGCUGAUACAGUGCUAAAGGAAAUAAUCUUUAUAGAUGCAGCUGAGCGAUUAAAAGGAGGUUCAGUGGAUCUAUUUGUUGUAAAUUCCUAUGGAUCUGCAUUUCAGGCUCUGUUUAUAUGCAUUUUGCUACCAUUUUUGUCGAAGUUAUGGGGUGUUCCAUUUAGUCAACUUCCAAACUAUCUUAGAGAUGGUGCAGCCUGCUUUCUGAACAUUGGUACUUUAUCAAGUGGAUGUGAUGGUGCACCUCUGCUCCCUAUACUGUUCGUUCUUGUCAACAUGGGUUUUAACAUAUCAUUGCUGCAUCUCCUCAAGAUUUCUUCAGCAGUAGUAUCCUCCCUUGCUUCCACAUUUUCAGUGCCAAUAGCAGUAUACGUCUUCACAUUGCCGUUACCAUACCUUGGCGUUGCAUCGUCCCUCCCAACCGGCUUUGUUGCAGGAGCAAUCAUCCUUGUAAUGGGUUUGCUCAUCUAUGCCUGGACUCCAAAAGUGAGUUCUUAUAGUGCCUCUUCUUCCUCAUCUAUUACCAGUUAACAUAUUAAUAAAUCAUCAGUAGCAUCGCCAUUUUCUAGCUCAGAAACUGGUGCAAGCUAAUUCCUCAGUUAAUCCAAGGAACAGGAAGAAGAUUGUUGUUAUUAUAAUUGUAAUUUUUAUUGAACUUAAAUUAGCUAGUUUUUACUCUUCAUCGAUCCUCGAUCGAUGUGUAAGACAGUAAAUCAUCUCAAAUAAUAAUAAUAAUAAAAAAUAAAAAAAAGGUGGCUCAAAAAAUUUGCUUGACCCACUUUGACAAAUACAACAA